ACGCAUCCCAUCGCCGGCUCCAGUCCUUGUCGCCCGCUCCCAGCCGACCGACCGAGACCUCACUUUUUCUCCGCGCGCUAUCUUCGCUUUCCACUCUGGUUGUGUUUUUUUUUCUCCAAGUCCCCUUCCUUCCUCCUCCCCCUUUCCCACACGUACUCGCCAUCCCACGACCUGAGCUGUCAAGAUGUUGAGCCUACGAGCCUUUGCCAGCCCUCUGCCCAGGCAAUGCCUGCGCACGGCGCCUCGCGCUGCCGCCACCUGGUCUCUCUCGCGCUCGUACUCUUCUGCCAACGACAAGGUCGCCAAGUACAACGGCAACAAGGACUCGAACGGCAACUACCUCGUCAGCUUGAUCGAGGGUGACGGCAUUGGUCCCGAAAUCGCCGUCUCCGUCAAGGACAUCUUCGCUGCCGCCAAGGCCCCCGUGUCAUGGGAGCCCAUCGAUGUCACCCCUAUCCUGAAGGAUGGCAAGACCGCCAUUCCCGAUGCUGCCAUUGAGAGCAUCAAGAGGAACAAGGUCGCCCUCAAGGGACCUUUGGCUACCCCCGUCGGCAAGGGCCACGUCUCUCUCAACCUCACCCUCCGCCGCACAUUCAACCUCUUCGCCAACCUGCGCCCCUGCCGCUCGGUUGCCGGCUACAAGACCCCCUACGACGGCGUCGACACUGUCCUCAUCCGUGAGAACACCGAGGGCGAGUACUCGGGCAUCGAGCACGUUGUCGUCGAUGGCGUCGUCCAGUCCAUCAAGCUCAUCACCGCCGAGGCGUCCGAGCGCGUCCUCCGCUUCGCCUUCCAGCACGCCGAGGCCAUUGGCCGCAAGAAGGUCCGCGUCGUCCACAAGGCCACCAUUAUGAAGAUGUCCGACGGUCUCUUCCUCAAGACCGCCGAGCGCGUCGCCAAGGACUUCCCCUCCAUCGAGUUUGACGCCGAGCUCCUCGACAACACCUGCCUCAAGAUGGUCACCGACCCCAACCCCUACAACGACAAGGUCCUCGUCAUGCCCAACCUGUACGGUGACAUUCUGUCCGACAUGUGCGCCGGCCUGAUCGGCGGCCUGGGCCUCACCCCCUCGGGCAACAUUGGUGACGAGUGCUCCAUCUUCGAGGCCGUCCACGGCUCCGCCCCCGACAUUGAGGGCAAGGCUCUUGCCAACCCCACCGCCCUCCUCCUGUCCUCCAUCAUGAUGCUGCGUCACAUGUCUCUGAACGAGCACGCCAACCGCAUCGAGAAGGCCAUCUUCGACACCCUCGCCGAGGGCAAGGCUCUCACCGGCGACCUCGGCGGCAAGGCCAAGACCCACGAGUACGCCAACGCCAUCAUCUCCAGGCUGUAAAUAGACAGACAGACAACGCCUCUUGACGACCAAACAACCAACCAAUCAACAACCUCCGACAAACCACACAACAAACCCAAUUCCACAACACCACCUAUACCUGGCUCCGCGGCCCGCCAAUCUACAAAGUGCGACGCGCGCUCGCGCACCAUAGCAUAUCCCUUUGAUUCUUAGUUUCUUGGCGGUUCCCAUGUGCAUAGUUUCAGUUCAUGGCGAGAGGGAAGACGCGGCCUUAUUUGAUGGACCUGCCGUCUUUGCUCAUGUUGGAAAAGUGUACCAG